CACGCGCCCCGGGCGCCUCUGCGAGCCCCGGGCUCAGCCAUGGGGACCUCUGCGAACAGCAGCACCGCCCUCGCCUCCUGCAGCCGCGUCGCUAGAGCUACGAUGAUCGCGGGCUCCUUUCUUCUGCUUGGAUUCCUUAGCACCACCACAGCUCAGCCAGAACAGAAGGCCCCAAAUCUCAUUGGCAAAUACCACCAUGUGGACCGUGCCACUGGCCAGGUGCUAACCUGUGACAAAUGUCCGGCAGGAACGUAUGUGUCCGAGCACUGUACCAACACAAGCCUGCGUGUCUGUAGUAGCUGCCCUGUGGGGACCUUUACCAGGCAUGAGAAUGGCAUAGAGAAAUGCCAUGACUGUAGUCAGCCAUGCCCAUGGCCGAUGGUUGAGAAAUUACCCUGUGCUGCCUUGACUGACCGAGAAUGCACUUGCCCACCUGGCAUGUUCCAGUUUAAUGGUACCUGCACCCCCCAUACGGUGUGUCCUGUGGGUUGGGGUGUGCGGAAGAAAGGGACAGAGACCGAGGACGUGCGGUGUAAGCAGUGUGCUCGGGGUACCUUCUCUGAUGUGCCUUCUAGUGUGAUGAAAUGCAAAGCAUACACAGACUGUCUGAGUCAGAACCUGGUGGUGAUCAAGCCGGGGACCAAGGAAGCAGACAACGUCUGUGGCACACUUUCGUCCUCCAGCACGACCUCACCUUCCCCUGGCACAGCCAUCUUUUCAUACCCGGAGCACAUGGAAUCCCAUGAAGUCCCUUCCUCCACCUAUAUUCCCAAAGGCAUGAACUCAACAGAAUCCAGCUCUUCUGCCUCUGUUAGACCAAAGGUACCGAGUGGCAUCCAGGAAGGGACAGUCCCCAACAACACAAGCUCAGCGAGGGAUGAGGAAGGCGUGAACCAGACCUUCCCAAACCUCCAGGUAGUCAACCACCAGCAAGGCCCCCACCACAGACACAUCCUGAAGCUGCUGCCAUCCAUGGAGGCCACUGGGGGGGAGAAGUCCAGCACGCCCAUCAAAGGCCUCAAGAGGAGUCACCCCAGACAGAAUUUACACAAGCAUUUUGACAUCAAUGAACAUUUGCCCUGGAUGAUUGUGCUUUUCCUGCUGCUGGUGCUUGUGGUGAUAGUGGUAUGCAGUAUCCGGAAAAGCUCAAGGACUCUGAAAAAGGGGCCCCGGCAGGAUCCGAGCGCCAUUGUGGAAAAGGCAGGGCUGAAGAAAUCCAUGACCCCAACCCAGAACCGGGAGAAGUGGAUCUACUACUGCAAUGGCCAUGGGAUUGACAUCCUGAAGCUCGUAGCAGCCCAAGUGGGAAGCCAGUGGAAGGAUAUCUAUCAGUUUCUGUGCAAUGCCAGUGAGCGGGAGGUGGCCGCUUUCUCGAACGGGUACACGGCCGACCACGAGCGGGCCUACGCAGCUCUGCAGCACUGGACCAUCCGGGGGCCUGAGGCCAGCCUCGCCCAGCUCAUCAGUGCCCUGCGCCAGCACCGGCGCAACGAUGUCGUGGAGAAGAUUCGGGGACUGAUGGAAGAUACGGCCCAGCUGGAAACUGACAAACUGGCCCUCCCGAUGAGCCCCAGCCCACUUAGCCCGAGCCCCAUCCCCAGCCCCAACACGAAACUUGAGAAUUCCACCCUGCUGACGGUGGAGCCUUCCCCGCUGGACAAGAACAAGGGCUUCUUCGUGGAUGAGUCGGAGCCUCUUCUUCGCUGUGACUCCACAUCCAGCGGCUCCUCGGCUCUGAGCAGGACGGGCUCCUUUAUUACCAAAGAAAAGAAGGACACGGUGUUGCGGCAGGUACGCCUGGACCCCUGUGACUUACAGCCUAUUUUUGACGACAUGCUCCACAUUCUGAAUCCUGAGGAGCUGCGGGUGAUUGAAGAGAUUCCUCAGGCUGAGGACAAGCUGGACCGGCUAUUUGAGAUUAUUGGAGUCAAGAGUCAGGAAGCCAGCCAGACCCUCUUGGACUCUGUGUAUAGCCAUCUUCCCGAUCUAUUGUAGACCAUGAGGGAUACCGCACUCUGGAAAUUACUCAAUUUAGUGGCAGGGUGGUUUUUUGUUUGUUUUGUUUCUGUUUUUCUAGUUGCGUGUGUGUGCAUGUGCACGCGCACGUGCGUGCGUGCGCGCGCGCGCGUGUGUGUGUGUGUGUGUGUGUGUGUGUAACAGAGUAUAUGGCUAGUGUUUUGAGUUCUUUCUUUUUUUAACCCUUCUAGGAAGUUAGUUUAUAAGCCUUACUCAAGGUGUAACUGUUGAAAAAUACCCACCACUAAAGUUUUUUAGGUUCCAUAUUUUCUGUUUCAACUUCUUAUGUGUUUUCAAAAUUGUUCUGUGCACUUUAAAUUCACUUAAUGUACCACAAAUGCAGUGUGGCUUUUCCUGCACACUGGAUUGUGAGGCUCUGAACUUCUUAAAAGUGUAAUGGCAUCUUGUGAAUUCUAUAUGCAGUCUUCAUGUCUCGACAUCCACAUCAGCUUUUUAUUUUUUAAUUGUAACUUUUUUUAUUAUUAUUUGUAAUUUACAAAUUUUCUUAAGGGUUAAAGAAGUGUAAUACCCCGUUGCGUUACUGUAAUGCAAUAGAUUUUGAGUUAUCGUUUUAAUAUGCCUUGUUGUAUAGUUCAUAUUCAUGGCUGAAACUUGACCACACUGUUGCUGAUUGUAUGAUUUUCACUUGGGCACCAUGUAGAAUGCCUGAUUACUUGUGCCCCUCUUAUGCUAAUGAUGCUCUGGGCUGGAGACAUGAAAUCCUCAAGCCAUCAGACCUUGCUAUUUAAGUGGCUUGACACCUGGGCCACCAAAGAACUUGAACUUCAUCUUUUAGGAAUUGAGCUAUUCUGGAACGUAUUGCUGCACUUUGGAAAGUCACAACUGAGUGCCCGUGGCACCUUUUUCCAUAGGGGAUUUGCUCAGUUUUGCUUUAAAAGAUGUCUUGUUUUUUUAUACACACGUAGUCGGUAGGUCCAGUCUGCCCUCGAGGCCUUGGUCUUGGUGGGUGUCCUUUGUCAUUCAAUCACUUUAAUUAAAAGUGGCUGCAGCUGUAAGAGCUCUUGUCUGAUAUAUUUGCAACUCUGCUCCCGUUUAUAAACAUGCUCUCUAAUAACGCUCAGUUGCCAGACUCUAAUGCAAAGGUGGCGUGGACUCCCUUUGUGUGGGCGGGGUUUGUGGGUCAUGGGGAGGGACCGAUAGCAGAAAAAAUGCCUUCAAGUGUACUAAUUUAUUAAUAAAUAUUAGGUGUUUGUUA